AGACGUCUUUGGAAAUCGCUCGAAGAACCAAGAAAUAGUGGUCCGCUGCGGUCAGCAAUAUAAUAAUCACUAUCGCUAUUACCGUACUGAGGACGAAAGAAACUGCAAACAUGAGCGUCUGCAAACUCGUCUUGUGUGUAUUUUUGGCAGCUACUCUGGCCCUUGCAACAGCUACACCUACCGGAUUUAUCGGGUUUAGCAGUGGUUACGGUGGUGGUUAUGGCAGUGGAUCUUACGGUGGCUAUGGAGGUCACAGAGGAGGUUAUGACAGUUAUGGAAGUGGCUAUGGAGUAGGUGUUGGAAUCGGUUUCACUGGAGGCUACAGUGGCUACGGUCAACAAGGAUACGGUGGUCACGGCUACAAUGAUGGAUACGGUUACAGUAACGGAUACGGCCAGCAGGGUGGAUACUAUGGUGGCAACCAGGGUUAUGGACAUGGUUACGGAAACAGCUACGGAAACAACUACGGACACGGCUACGGACACGGACACUAUUAAUCAUACCAUAUUAUAUAAUAAUUAUAACAUAGCUCAUCGUCUUUCUCAAUUGAACAGUAUUAACCAUGUAUUUUUGGUAAAAUGUAUACCUAUAAUACCCAAUAGUUGUAUACAUAUUUAAUAAAUUGAAGAUUUUUUUUU